AUGUCCCAACAGGAGUUACUAUCGUAUGUUACAGGGGGAAUAGGAGACUCAACAGAACAAGAAUUAGAUAAGGUGUUUUCUAGUGAAAACUCUGGAAUUUUUCGAACGGCCAAGGCAGAAAAUCGUCACCUACAUAUAGACAAUGAUGACAGGGAGAUAACUCUAGAGGGUUUUAAUAAUGCAGAUAACAGGAUACUUCAGGCAGAGAAACGUGCUGCAUGGCGACAGGCCAGGAUGAAGUCUCUGGAAGCAGAUGCAGUAAAAGCCCAAGUUGUCAUCUCACGUGCUCAAGAACUCAAAACUGAUCCUUCCAAAAAUAAAGCUAAUAUUUCAUCAGAUUUAGAUAUUGCCUUCGCUGAUGAUGAUGAUGGUCACACUCAAAAUGGUCAGCCUCAUACUCAGUUUUUUUCGCCAUCACUCCGGAAACAUUUAAUAGUGGAAUGUAGGGACGGUGAAACGACAGUGGAAGAAAGGACUAAUUUGAUUGGUGAAAAUUCUCGCACGAUUACCGAGGAGAUCAUUGAUGAGAAAACUGGCAAACCUACAUUCAGGACGGUACAGGUUAUAGAGAAAACGUUGGAACGGGAGGUGGAGGUAAAAAAACAACAGAUUUAUGAAAUGAAACUAGAUGACGGACGAUAG